CGGGAGUUGCCGAUCUAAAGAAUGGAUAACCUGGGCAGUUCUAGUCGCUUUAGAUCAACUGAUCGCAUGGACGCUAUGCCAGUGAGUUAUAUUCCGGGCGAUUCGAUGCAGAUCGAAAAUAUCGUUUGGGAGCUGAAAUCACGUGGUAUAUUCGACACAUUUCGCAAAGAAUGUAUUGCGGAUGUCGACACCAAGCCGGCUUACCAGAACCUCCGGCAGCGCGUCGAGGGCAGCGUAUCUUCGUUCCUCAGAAAACAAACAUGGAGUCCCGACAUCAACAAGAAUCAGCUGCGGGAGCAAUUGCGGAAGAAUAUUUACGAGUCUGGGUAUCUGGAGACAGGUGUAGAACGAAUAGUCGAUCAAGUUGUGAACCCCAAAAUGAACACUGUAUUUCUUCCAAAAGUUACUGAUGUGUUUUGUCAAUAUCUUGGUCUUGCAAAACCUGAAAUGAAAUCAGAGAAAGUUACAGAUGAUGAAUUGAAAUCUAGAACUGAUGAUUUGCUGUCUGAAGAGUUAGAAGCUGUUUCACCCGAAUCGCGACGUGAUGGGAAAAAUGAAGAAUCAAACUUAAGUCUAGAGAGUAUGAAAGUAGAUGAGGAUGAAUCACCUCCAUUUGAGCCAUUGGAUGAGGACAAUUCAAUUGAUUCUCAUAUGUCUGGUAUCUCAGGCUUACAAAGCCAUAAUUCCAAUUCAAGUCUUAAGUCACUUCAGAAAGAUGAUACUCAUAUAUCUGAACCUAGUUGUGUUGAAAGUGCUACUUUUCAGUUAGAUGAAGACCAACAAAAUCAAGAUACACAUAGGAUUGGUGAAGGUGAUAGUAAUUUGAAUAGUAGCAAAUCAGAUCUUAAAAAGGAUGAACAAAAAAGUGAUGAAAACAGUAAAUCAGAGAGUAAAUCUAAAUAUAGGAGUGAGGACAGAGGUGAGAAGAAUUAUAGAAAACAUGACAGAUCUAAAGUGAAAGAUAAAUAUCGGAGUAAAGAUCGCGAUUAUAAAGAUUCAGAUAAAAAUGAAAAAAAUAAGAAUAAAGAUUUGCAUAAGACCGAUAGGCACAAGGAUGAGCAUCGCGACAAAGACAAAUAUUGUUCUACUUCAAGUAACAAACGCGAAAGGGAUUCUUCUAGUUCAUAUAAAAGGUCAGAUUCAAAGAGUAAAGAUGAUAAAGUCCGUUCAAAACACAAUACUUCCUCAAGGGAAAGAAAGUCAUCCUCAUCUCGCAGCGAAAAAAAUAAGGAUAAAGAGCGAAAAGUUGACCGAAAAGACGAUCAUUACGGUUCGAAGCAUAGAGGUGAGCGACGUUCAACUGACCGCGAUUCCAACGACGGUUCUGGCUUAAAAAGUUCCUCAAGUUCAUAUUGUGAGUCUAACAGUUCGUCACAGCACUCUCAAAAAGAAUCAACGAACUCGAAUGAUUCCAACCAAGGGGAAGGGAACUCUGAUAAACGUGAAACUAAAAACAGGUCCUACAAGGAUAAUCAACAAAAAUCAAUGAAAAAUCACAAGGAAACCGAAUGCAUCGUUAUGAAUUCCUCUCUUCCACCAACCAAAUCGGUCAGCGCCGCGACCUGGGAUGCAGUUGAAACGCAACUUAAUUCCAACAUCAACUAUGAUACUUACUACCCUUUAGAGACUGAAUUAAAUAACAUAGGGAUUUGGUCGCAUGAUUCAGAUAAGAAAACAACAACAACUGACAACAAGCGAAAUAAUGGUGUUACAGAUGAAAUUGUGUCUGAAGAUGUUACAGGUUGCGCGGCUGAAGUGAGUUUAAAAUAUUUUAGCCAAUCAUCGAUUGAAACUGAUGAGUGCGAUCUGAAAAAAGCGACUAAAUGCUUAGCGAAGCUCGAGAAACAGAUUCAAAACGUUGAGAACUGUAUCAGCAGGCAGAAGAAACGUCGUUACAAUGGUAUUAACAUGAAUGAAUUGCCCAUGAAACAAAUGACGAUGAAUAACGCUGGAGGCAACCCUGCACUAUUAAUUUCUAACGAUUCCCCAAACUUAUCUUUUCAUUUACCUCUAAGUCCGGCAGAGAGUGAUAGCGACAAGUCGAUCGAUAAGAAGACAGAUGAGCUUCCAAUCGCGGAACCUAAGCGGAGGGUUGUGACUGCUUCAAAACGGUAUUCUAGUGAUGAUUUGUAUAAACCACGGCUCUUCUUUAAACGUACGACGACCAGACAAAGGAGAAACAUUGAUGAAUAAACAAUUAUUUUAUUAUAUAGCCAUUGCAUUGGUUAUUCAAACAGCAUCAUAUUUGGUUUUGUAAAGAGAAUUUAUAAUGCGAGUUUAAUUUAACAUUUUUUGUCUUAAUUACUACUCCUUGAUUGAAUUAUAUAUUUGACCCUA